CGGCUCUACCUGUACGCGCUUACACCGGAAUGACCAUUGACAUGCUAGUGCAUGUGCAAACUCGCCCGACUUGAGCACUACAUCAGCCUUUGUCUGAUCUGCUGACAAUGUGCUAUUGGAUGACUACACAGGCUUUCAUGAUCGCUGUCUCAAUAUCAGCUGCCGACGUAAGUGGUGUGAGGCCAAGUCAGCAUGUCGAGCACGGGGUAAUAACCAGCUCGGGUACGCUCAAUGGUGCCAUGCGGGGACGAUCCAUGCAAUGAUACCUGGCAUCGGAAACAUACUAGGAUUAGCAGCCUGUGAUGAUGCACUGAAGCUGCAGCGGCAUGGAACAAGGGUUCGUCGGCAUAGCAAGCUGGAUGGAGAGAUACUCGGGGCUAGCAUUCUGAGAUAAAGAGUGAAUGCGCGCUCUUCUGAACGGCCUCACCGCGCGCCUCGAGCUUGCAAUAUCCUUAAUUAACACCUAUACAUUGUCCAAGUGCAUCUCGGCAUCAUGGGUUUUAUGCUGAAGCCUCCGCCAGACACUGCUGGUAAGGCAUGGCCUGCCAUUGUCAUCGGUCUCUUCGUCGCGUUUGGUGGUGUUCUCUUCGGAUAUGAUACAGGCACAAUUUCUGGCAUCAUUGCCAUGGACUAUUGGAAGAAGGAGUUCUCCACUGAGCCAGACCUCAGCAUCACAGCUGCGCAAGAUUCCCUGAUCGUGUCAAUUCUCUCAGCUGGUACCUUUUUCGGCGCUUUGACGGCUGCACCCUUCGGCGAUCUGCUUGGCCGACGUCUUGGAUUGAUGGUUUCAGCCGGCGCCGUUUUCAACCUUGGAGUUAUUCUACAGACGGCUGCGACAGCGCAACCGCUGUUCAUUGCCGGUCGUUUCUUCGCCGGUUAUGGUGUCGGUCUCAUCUCAGCUCUGAUUCCUAUGUACCAGAGUGAGACUGCGCCAAAAUGGAUUCGAGGAACGAUUGUCGGAGCUUACCAGCUUGCUAUCACGAUCGGAUUACUACUCGCUGCUAUUGUGAACAAUUCGACCAAGGAUCGUCAAGAUUCUGGAUCAUACCGCAUUCCUAUUGCGGUACAAUUCCUCUGGUCUAUCAUUCUUGUUGGCGGACUUUUCUUCCUGCCCGAGACACCGAGAUAUCUCAUCAAGAUGGACAAAUACGAGCAGGCUGCAAGCAGUCUUGGCAAGCUUCGUCGCUUGCCAGUCGACCAUCCAGCUAUCGUUGAGGAAUUGGGCGAGGUUCAAGCGAACCAUCUCUACGAGAUGUCGUUGGGCAAGUCUACGUAUGCCGACUGCUUCAAGGGAACACUUGGCAAGCGUCUCGCGACUGGAUGUCUGCUCCAGGCGCUACAACAGCUUACUGGUGUAAACUUCAUCUUCUACUAUGGAACACAAUACUUCCAGAACGCUGGCUUCCGCGACCCCUUCAUCAUCCAGGUCAUCACCAACUGCGUCAACGUCGCAUCUACAUUCCCCGGUCUCUACAUGGUUGAGCGCCUCGGACGACGUAACCUUCUUCUUCUCGGAGCGAUCGGCAUGUGUGUAUGCCAGUACAUCGUCGCUAUCACAGGAACAGUAGCCGGAACCUCCGAUCUCGCCGCUCAACGAGCUGCUAUCGCCUUCGUGUGCAUCUAUAUCUUCUUCUUCGCCAGCUCUUGGGGUCCUGUUGCUUGGGUCGUGACUGGAGAACUAUACCCCCUCAAGGCACGCGCCAAGUGUCUCUCGAUGACCACCGCGAGUAACUGGUUGCUCAACUGGGCGAUCGCCUACUCAACCCCCUACAUGGUCGACGAAGACCACGCCAACCUCCAAUCAAAGGUCUUCUUUGUCUGGGGCUCCUUCUGUUUCGUCUGCAUCGCUUUCGUCUGGUUCAUGAUCUACGAGACCAAAGGUCUUACUCUCGAACAAGUCGACGAGCUCUACGGUAUCAUCGGCAAAGCGUGGAAGAGCAAGGAGUUCCGCCCUGCGGUUCAGUUCGCGGAGAUGGAUCCUAAGACUGGGCGUAGUAUGAGUCUGAGCGAGGUGGCGCAGAACCAGGAGAGGAAGAGGAGCGUGCAGCACGAUGAGGCGGUUGUCCCGCCCAAGGUUGAGAUCUAGGAUGCGAUGGGGAAGGGGGGAAGUGUAUGGUGGAUAUAGUGAUGGAUAGUAAUGGAAGGGGCGGAAAGUGGGAUGUUUGUGGCUGGAGAAAUAUGUGAAGAGAUGGUCGUUAAGCGGAAUGUCAUGAGUACAAAAUGAUAUGCUAAGACUUAGCUGCCAUAGUCGUAUAACAUCUUGUAAUGUACACGAUAUUUGCUA